CGUAGCCACAACUUAUUUUGCACUGGCUCAAAGGCUGCUGGGAAAUUUGUCUUUCAGGAAGCAGCAUGAGCUACUAAAUAAGUUUCCAUCACACAGAAUUAGCAGGUUGGCGGGCGGAAUAAAGGUACCAGGAAGACUCCCUCACCUGCAUGCAUCUUCCAUCAUGCAGGAGGACGUAAGCUCCGUGAUGUCCUGGUUUUCCAGCCCAGUGUACAGCCGCUACUGGCAGCACUACCAGCAGGCUAUGGCCUGGCACCAGAGACACAGGCGAGCCUACCGAAAGGCCUUGGAGGCUGCCUACGGCUACAGCCAGGAGCGGUAUCCCAGCAGCCACCAGCGGCGCUACGCGGACUGGAACGCGGGAGAGGAAGAAGACGGAGAGGACGAGGAGAGCGGCUCGGACAGCGAGAUCGAGUGCGACGUCAGCAACAUGGAGAUCAGCGAGGAGCUUCGGCAGUACUUCGCCCAGACAGAGAAACACAGAGAGGACCUGAAGAAGCAGCAGCAGUUGGAGGCCGAGGAGCACGACAGCUACGUGCCGGCCGACCAGGACAUGCGCGGCGUCUCCUGGCGAAGUAGCAAGGCCCCUCCCUUGGAGCGACCCGGCGAAAGACGCGGGGCCGAGAUGAAGAAGCUGUACGGCAGGGACGCCGCCAAGAUCCUGGCCAUGGAGGCGGCAAUGCAGCUCAGUUUCGACAGAAACUGUGACCUCAAACAGCCAAAGUACUGGCCUGUUAUUCCACUGAAACUGUGACGGCCGUGGGCUGUGAAUGCUUCGAUUCGGGGGAAAUCCCUUCUCUGAUCUCUUGGUGACACGGCAGCUUUGUCGUCUAAUGGAUUGUGGCUGCUGAUGGAGAACUAAUGGUGUUUGCUUAGCUGAGGGUAACAACUUUAAGCACAAAAGUUGCAUAAGUUAGCUGAGCUUCUGCUUAGACAGACGGGAAUGUUACUGACCUGUCAGCGGCUGCUCCAUAAGAAAAGGUAUGAUUUUUAAUGCUACACACAACGUUGGAUUUCUUUGUUGCUUUACAUGUUUACAGAGGUUAGUUUUAACUCCGGAUCAAGCAAGCAACACUAGCAUUUUUCCAAGAGACUGCAUAACCAUGCUCAUGGUCCUUCCAAUGUUGUUUUGGACAGAAACUGAAAAGCACCAAGAAUAAAAAAAUGUGUUGGCUGAUGUUCAGAGGUACAGUAAAACUGCUCCUGUAGGUAAAUGUAUUCAGACAUGUGUGUCUGCGUGUUACCUCCUAAUCUGUUUGUGUGUACCCUCCAGCUUGGUGAUGAUGCAUGCUGCAGGAGCUCCUCUUACGCUUAUCAACUUGGUCGAACCGCAAAACCAUUUUCAACCGCCUUUCCUCUGCGUCUGAAAUUGCACAUUUCAACAUACACAAAGAGUGAUUUUGUUUUUGUUUCUAAACUGUGCCUCUCUGGUUAGGACGUGUCAUCGGGUUCAUGUGCUUUCUCAGGAGGGACGUUGACUAUUCUUUUAUCUUGUGCUUGCACCACCCAGCACCCCCCUUUUUUAGACUGAAGGAUGUGUAUUUUAAUGAUUGUUUAAUAAAGUGUUCCCUGUGUGGAUUAGACCUG